CCACAUCCAAUCCACUUUGUGUAAUCACUAACCAGCUUUAGUAGCUUACUCUGUUCCACAAAAUGAAAUCAUCUUCUUCUACAAUGAUCUCUCCCAUCUUCUUCCUCUUGCUCUGUUUUGCAUAUGCUUCUGCUUCAGGGGCUUAUCUGAGAGUUGGGUUCUAUCAAAAAACUUGCCCAGCAGCAGAAACAAUUGUCAGAGAAGCAGUAAAGAGAGCUGUUACGAGCAAUCCUGGCAUAGCUGCUGGUGUUAUAAGGAUGCAUUUUCAUGAUUGUUUUGUCAGGGGAUGUGAUGCUUCUGUGCUACUGAAAUCCACACCGGGAAACGUUGCAGAACGGGAUAGUUCUUUCAACAACCCAAGUUUACGAGGCUUCGAGGUAAUUGAUGAAGCUAAAGCACAGAUUGAGGCUGUCUGUCCUGGAAUCGUCUCUUGCGCCGAUGUUAUUGCCUUUGCUGCCAGGGACAGCGCCUAUAAAGCUGGAGGAAUAUACUACGCCGUUCCCGCUGGACGCCGCGAUGGACGAGUUUCAAUUAAGGACGAAGUGGCCCAGAAUCUACCGUCAUCCACCCUCCAUGCAUCGGAUCUUAUCAAGAAUUUUGCAAGAAAGGGAAUGUCUGUGGACGAGAUGGUAACACUUUCCGGGGCACACUCCAUUGGCGUUUCUCACUGCUCUUCCUUCUCUGAACGCCUCUCCUUCAACGCCACUGAUGCUCAGGACCCAUCUCUGGACCCCAGUUACGCUGCUUUCUUGAAAACCAAGUGCCCCAGCCUCGGUGCAAACGCCACGGUGGCGCUGGACGUUGCAACACCUACUCGGCUGGAUAACAAGUACUACGAAGAGCUUAAGUACAACCUUGGAUUGCUGACUUCUGAUCAGACACUGAUGAACAGCCAUUUAACCACAGGAAUGGUGGUGAACAAUGCGAGGCAUGGUGCUCUGUGGGCUAAGAAGUUUGCCAAGGCAAUGGUGCAUAUGGGUUCCCUCGAUGUGCUCACCGGUACCCAAGGUGAAGUCCGGAGGCAUUGCAGUGUCGUGAAUUAAGAAAAACUUGGAAUUUUGAUUGCUAUAUAAGUAUUUGAUUUCUUACAUUGAAAAAGUUUGGGUUCCAUUUCUUUAAGACAGAAAUGUAAUUGUAAAUCACCUUUUUACCAUUAAUAAGAUCAUAUAUGAUAC